GUCCAUCAAAUGGCACAUUCUUCGAUCGAGUGGGGACGCGCGCAUGAGGGCGCUGUACACUCUGCGUCGGAGUAAGGAUGCGAAGCUGACAAAGCGAUAUGCGGCGACAAUAGAGCUGGAGUGUGCAGAGGCAUCAGUAGGUUCAGGGACUCUCCGUCCACCGUCAUCUUCAAGUCAUCGUGCAGGGUUGGGUGCUCGUGCUCCGAAGCAGCAUUCCAAACCCCCGAGGAAGGAUCUCCUUCAAACAUUUGAGGAGAUCAACGCGCAGGAGCAGAUUUUGAGGCUGAAGACUCUUCAGGUGCAAGGCAAGUGGUUGGAGUGGACAUCGGUGAUGUGGCAGGACCUCUCGUGGAAAUCCCUUUUGUACGGUGGUACUGGUAAGGAUUUGAAAUUUCUUCUCGCAUCAACCCUCGACGUGCUACCUUCUCCGACGAACCUACGCCGUUGGGGAAACACCGUAGUGGAUCCGUACUGUAGUUUGUGCCGUACCUGGGCCUGUACUACGCGCCACGUGCUUGGCGCUUGUCGCGUAGCGCUGGACCAGGGACGUUACACCUGGAGGCACGACAACGUACUCGGGGUCAUCGUCAGGAACAUGCGUGAGGAGAUUCGAAUCCGCACUGCUGCAAACACCGUACAAACCGAAAAUUCAAAUGAGCUUGACUUCAUCUCGUUUUGCAAGGCGGGAGAGAAGCCAGUUCGCGUUCAGCCCAGACGAAAGUUGGUUACGACUGAUCUCCUGUCAGCGGCCUCAGACUGGAAACUUCUUGUCGACUCAGUUAAUGCAAAGAUUUCUUUCCCUAGCUGUGUUGCACUUACCACCCUAAGACCAGAUAUAGUUCUGUACUCUACGAGUCGUAGGAUUGUAUUCUGGAUGGAGUUGACAGUUUGUGCUGAGGACAGAUUCAGUGUCAGUAACUCGCGGAAGGACAGGCGGUAUGCGGAUCUGGCCGAUCAAUGCCGAGCAAACGGGUGGCAGGUCGUUUCUUUUUCGGUUGAGUAAGACGUCUCUGCGAAGCAGCUACAUCAUCUGGUUGCGGCGUCAACAAAAACACUGGUCGGAAGAUCCACUUUUCUGAGGUACUG